UGAAAUAUCCCCUUGACCUUCAUCACCAUCAUACUUGACGACGACGACGUUACUUGCCAGCUUCAAUGGACUCGCCAGCUAACCAUGAGACGGCGUCGCCACCCUAUGAUGUACACCCGACGGCCACUGAGCUGUCGGUUCCCGCCACAGAAACUACUGCGCAGCUAACAGCACCACCAAUGAGAGACGCGCCUGUGAAUCCCCAGGUUGUCGAGCUCCGGGCCAUGUUUCCUGACUUUGAUGACACUGUGCUGCAAUCAGUAUUGGAUUCCGUUAACGGUGAUCAAGGUCGCGCCAUUGACGCGUUGCUCGCCAUGAGCGAUCCUGAAUACAAGGGUGAAUCUCGACCUGCGGAACCUGCCCUGACUCAAACUGAGCUUGAUGAGCAAUUGGCCCGCCGGCUCUUACUCGAGGAUGAGCAACAACAACACGCUGCCUGGCAGUCGCAACAAUCCCAAUGGCAACAGCCUGCACCUAUCCGGCGUCAGUCGCAGAACGUUCCCGAGAAGGACACUAUGGCUGAGCUGGGAGAACAGUUCAACAAGUUUGCCGAAACGGGCAAGAAGACCCUUGGCAGCCUGUUUUCUAAAGUCAAGGCCAAGAUUUCGGAGAUGGAUCAAUCACGACAGAAUAACAAUGCUGCAUCUUCAUCGACUUCCCAGCAGCCUUGGGUAAAUUACGAUGACCCUCACGGUUCUAGUGGACAGCAGGCAUCAUACUAUGAUCCCAAUCCUCCUCCGGUCAAUCAUACCAACAAGCCCCCUUCUCCUUCCCCCGUUCAAGUCCAAGGCUACGACUUGAGCCCAAGUCCGAAAGAAGAAACAGUUCCUAGACCCCCUUCCACCGGACAGGGUGUGCCUAUCGACGGAGGGAAACUGGGUCUUCUACCUAAGCGACCUGUCUCUCUGUUGCGAACCUCGUCGCCGUCAGCAGAGGGUCAACCUAGGCCUCCUACAAAGAGAGACACAGUUAAUGACCAUGACCUUGAAUAUAUCGAGAAUCCUUUCGAGGAUGGAAGGAAAUAAACGUGCAUUUAGGUAAUGAGUAGUGGGCAUCGUAUAUAUGUAGUGUUCUUUUGCCUUGGUUAUGUUGUAUAUCACGGUAGUCAGUAUAUUCACGGUUAAAGGGCCGGAAAUAGCAGCAAAUUA